AAGCUUAGUAAUUCAAUCAAAAAUGCUUCCCUUCAGGCAGUAAAAAUCAAAUGUGUCACAAUAAUGUAACUCAUGCAUAUUGGUCAGCAGGAUUUAAAAAAAAAAAAAAAAAACUCUUUUCAUCAUUGACAGUACUUAAGGAAAUAAUCGCAACUGAAAGUAUCACUUCAACAUACAGUACUUGGACCGAUUAUGCAACAGUACUACUUUUGUAUUUAGAGGGAGUUUUGGCACAAUCUAGUGGAUUUUCAGGGAAUUUAAGGACAAGCACAAAAACAGAAAUCUGUGAAUUUUUCAGCAAAUAAUGGACGAUAGGUUUAAAAACAGUGAACGGGUUAAUUCAUGAGAUAGCUGAAUUUCCAAUUGAUAUUUCUGGCCUCAAAGUUUUUUUGGUUUGUCUUUCUGAUUCAAGAAUUCAAAUUAUAUCACGCAAAGUUGUACAUGUCUUUUGUAUUGUGCCUCCAACAUAUUUUCAUAGGAAGAGGGAAGUGUACACACCUCUAUGCAUGUCACUGCAUGUGUUUGUGGGUGUGAUUCAGGUUACGAGUGCCGUAAUAUGUUCACGCUCACAAGGUAAUAGACGGAGCACAGAGCAGGACAAGUGGAAUAUUUUCAUUUGGACAAAAAUUGUAUCCUGGAAAGCAUGAACAACCUAAGCGAGGUGGUCAGGCACUCCAUGCUCGAAGAACAGAACCCUGAAGACGACAGCGUAGUGAGCAAUGACUAUUCCACCACGGUGGGCGCUCUCAUCCUGAGUCUGGUCUUCCUACUUGGCGUUCCCGGCAACCUCUUCAUCGUGUGGAGCAUCCUAGCUCGCGCCCGCCGCCGCUCUGUCACCACGCUGCUCAUCCUCAACCUGGCGUGCGCCGACGGCUUCCUCAUGGCACUCACCAUCUUCUUCAUAGUCUACCUGGCCAAGCAGACAUGGGUCUUCGGCACAGCCAUGUGCAAGGGUCUCUUCUACCUGUGCAACGUCAACAUGUACGCCUCCAUCUUCCUCAUCACGCUGAUGAGCGUGCACCGGUUGGUGGUGGUCGUGCUGCCCCGCAGGACGGCGGCCAAGCUCAGCAGGAAGGUGGUGCGCCGCGUCAUCAUGGGCAUGUGGUUGCUGGUGGCCGUCAGUGCGCUGCCCUCGCUAGUGUUUCGGGACGUCCGGGAGGACAAAGACGACAGGAACAAGACGCGACACGUGUGCGCCCCCAACCACACGCUACCUCGAUACGUGAGGUUUCAGUAUUCCUUUGAGACAGUGGCAGGCUUCAUCCUGCCUUACGCCAUCAUCAUCACGAGCUACGUUCUCAUUCUAAGACGCCUGAGACAGACUCGGUUUCGCCGAAAGGUUCGCAGUGAAAAGCUCAUCCUGGCCAUCGUGGUGAUGUUCUGUCUCUUCUGGUUGCCCUACCACGUCAUCAACAUGAUACAGGUGGCAGCUGAGUGGUACUCGGAGGGAUCACCCAGACGAGAAAUUCUGGAGCACAUCUACCAAACGAGUCGCGCCGUGACGUCGGCCCUGGCCUUCAUCAGUAGCUGUGCCAACCCAGUCCUGUACACCUUUGCUGGCAAAUCGUACAUCAAGAAGAAUGGCCUGGGAUUCAUGGCGCGCCUCUUCGAGGGGACGUCGCAGGAGCAGGUAGCCACUAAGCGGAACAAGGACGUAACGCUCAGCAAUGUGGACUCUGGCGCCGCCUCCUCGUCCGCACAGAAUGGACGAUGAGGUCUGAAGGAACUGACAGGCUUAAAUGGAGACCACACAAAUUAAAAUGCAAGUGGAACAUUGCAGUCAUGGAACAGUAAUCAAAACAUUGACGUUUUCGUACUUCACUCAAUUCCCAGUGUGCUGUGAGAUAUCUUUAAGUGUGUUGUUGGAAAAUCCUCAAUUUAAUCUUAAAAUAAAAAAAAAGGAUAACUUUUGUCCAUGGUAAGUACCGUGCUAUGAAAGAUUAUCAAUUUCACCAUAUUGAGAUAAACUCAAACAGUUGCUGAAUGAUUUUAUUGAAAACAAACAUUUCAGAAGAAUUGUUCAAGUUCAUUAAAUCUGACUCAACUACUGUA